AUGAACAAGUAUGAAAAAAUAAGGGAUAUAGGAAAAGGGAAUUAUGGAAAUACAAUACUCGUUAGAGAUAAAAAAAAUGAUCAUUAUGUAAUGAAAAUAAUAAACAUUUCUCAAAUGUCCCAAAAGGAGAAGAGACAAUGUUUAAAGGAAGUCGAAUUAUUGUCAAAGUUAAAUCACCCAUUUAUUGUAAAAUAUAUUGAAAGCUAUAUAGAGGGAGAGACCCUUAGAAUUGUGAUGAAGCAUUGCAAAGGCGGAGAUCUUUAUCAUUAUAUACAAAACAAGAAGAAACAAAAUACCCCAAUAAAAGAAAAACGUAUACUUAUAUGGCUAACACAAAUUUUGACAGCUCUAAAGUUUCUUCAUUCUAACCAUAUACUACACAGGGACAUGAAAUCUCUUAAUAUAUUGAUAGAUAGCGAUAAGAGAGUAAGAUUGUGCGAUUUUGGAAUUUCGAAAGUUUUAGAAAAUACACUAGAUUAUGCUAACACUUUAAUAGGAACCCCAUAUUAUCUAAGUCCCGAAUUAUGUAAAGAUAAAAAAUAUAGUUGGCCAUCAGAUGUAUGGGCUAUUGGCUGUUUAAUUUAUGAAUUAGCUACAUUUAGAACCCCCUUUCAUUCUACAAAAGGAAUUCAACAAUUAUGUUACAACAUACGAUAUGCUCCCAUCCCCGAUUUACCAAAUAUCUACUCGAAAGAACUCAACAAUAUAUAUAAAAGUAUGUUAAUAAGAGAACCCAAUUAUCGAGUUACUGUUCAGCAAUUAUUAGUUUCAGACAUUGUUCAGAGACAACUUAAAUUGUUGAUUGAAGAAAAAAUCAGAGAAAAACAAAGUAUGAAAAAACCCUUAAAAGAAAAACAGGCUAUAGAAAAUGAUAACCUAGGAGCAAAUGAACAAGAAGUUAAAACACUACUAUUGGAUAUUGUCGAUGUUUGA